CGCAUGGCGUCGUCGGACGCUGCGGCGCCUCAGGUUAGCACCACUGUGGCGGUCCCCGGCGCGGCGGCGGCCGUCCGCGUCGUGGCGGCGCCGGGCCUCCGCGAGGCGGACUUCAGUAAGGCGGUGGAUUCCGCGCUCUUCAGACGGUGGCUGGAGAACCUGCAGUCGGAGAAGGGCGUGCUCACCGAUGGGAAGCUCAGCCUCAGGCAGAUCCUCAUCCAGGGGGUUGACAUGUUUGGGGAGCGUGUGGGAUUUCUCAAGUUCAAAGCCGACAUCAUCGACGAGGAAACCAAAUCCAAGGUUCCAGGAAUUGUAUUUGCAAGAGGGCCCGCUGUUGCUGUGUUGAUCCUUUUGGAGUCUAAAGGGCAAACUUACGCUGUUCUGACUGAACAGGCUAGAGUUCCUAUAGGAAAAUUUGUUUUAGAACUGCCAGCCGGAAUGCUAGAUGAUGAAAAAGGUGAUUUUGUUGGCACCGCAGUUCGAGAGGUGGAAGAAGAAACCGGUAUUAAGUUGAAUUUAGAGGACAUGGUCGAUCUUACUGCACUGCUGGACCCUGCCACUGGAUGCAAAAUGUUUCCAUCACCGGGCGGCUGUGACGAAGAAAUUGGCUUGUUCCUAUACAGGGGACACGUCGACGAGGAGACCAUCAAGGCUCUCCAAGGGAAGGAAACUGGCCUGCGGGACCAUGGAGAGCUGAUAAAGCUCCGUGUGGUUCAGUAUGACCAGCUCUGGCGCUCAACCGCAGACGCGAAGGCGCUCUGCGCCAUAGCUCUGUACGAAAUGGCCAAGAAGGAUGGCAUCCUGCCAUCACCUGGUGGUGGCUUGUCAGCGAACCUGUAAGAGCUGAAGAAGUAGUAGUGCAUUCUGUAAUUAACGAGAAGUUGGGAACACUGG